UGAUUCUGUAUUUUCUCGUGCGUCGUGCGUCGCUAUUGCUUAAAAAUUGUUACAGUAUCUUGUGAAACUUCAUUUUUGCUAGAGGCUAGUUGUGCGCGAUUAGAGUAACUAAUUAAACCGUGAAGCAACGUUAAAUAAAACACAUUUUCUUUGGCCACGUAUUGUUGCACGAGCACACAGACAAAAUGGUGGACAAAAUAGAAAUGAGUCUCGAUGAUAUUAUCAAGUCGAAUCGCACGCAAAAAAGGCCUGCUCGUGGUGGUGCCAGUGGUGUGCGGCGUCCUGGCGGAGCCCAGCGCUUUGCCGGUACACGUCGCGGAGGCGGAGCUAGCGGUGGUUCACCAAGGAAACCACCACCAGCAAGCGGGGCAGGCGGCGUGCUCAAGGGUCGCCGUGGUGGCAUUGUACAGAAGCCGAAGCUCGCACGGGGCGAUGUGAACAGCGCAUGGAAACAUGAUAUGUACGAUGGCCCCAAGCGUGGCGCCAGUGCCAUGGGCAUUGGUCCAACACGUUUGAUUGUCGGCAAUUUGGAUUAUGGUGUAUCAAAUACGGACAUUAAGGAGCUGUUCAAUGAUUUCGGACCGAUGAAAAAAGCAGCAGUGCAUUAUGACCGUUCUGGAAGAUCACUUGGCACCGCUGAUGUUAUUUUCGAGCGACGCAGUGAUGCGUUAAAGGCGAUAAAACAAUAUCAUGGCGUCCCAUUAGAUGGACGCCCCAUGACCAUACAGUUGGCGGUAUCGGAUGUAGCAGCCCUCACACGUCCAGUACCAGCUGUUGAUGCAAAGCGUCGCAUUGGUGGAGCCACACCACCCUUCAAACGUGGUGGUGCACGAGCUGGCGGCGCACCGCGACGUGGGGGCUUUAGAGGUGGUGCCGGUGGCAAACCAGCUGGCGGACCACGCCGAGAACGCAAAGCGCCGCCAACUGCCGAAGAACUAGAUGCCGAAUUGGACUCUUACAUCAAUGACAUGAAAAUCUAGAUCUAUUUUUUUUUAGUCAGCAAUUAAUCAUAGCUAACAACACUAACACAUCCACCCCUCAUACAGACACGCUCAUAUAAACUAGUCUUAAGAUUUACCAUAUAAGCUGUGUUUAUGGUACAAUAGCAGGGUCAAGUAAACAAAUUCAAAACCACAUAACAAAAACUUGAUAAGUGUACUGAAAAUAAUACCAACAGAUAGUUGAAAACGAUAAACGUCUUUAGCUCGUUUGUCAUUAGCUGAUUGCAACCGAUAGGACGAUUAUAUCUUUGUAUUGCACAAUUAAAUCGACUAUUUGAAUAAUACAAUUUGUAAUGUAUUUAUUAUAUAAAAGAACGCUUUAUAAAAGGAAAAUCAAUUA